AUGUUGUGCCUUCGACGACGAACCCAAAUCGCGAAUCCAAUGAUCAACGCUGUAGGAGAGACGGCGGAGCAAGCGGUCAAAAAACUGGAAAAAGUGUUCGAAGUGCUGAAAGACCGCAACGAAAGAUUUCCAUUGACCGAAAUUUCGAAACAAAUCGAUGUGAUUUGGGAGAGUGUUUUCAGUGUGACACACGCGACGGCACCACAGAAAAAGUAUGAAUUGGCAGAGGAGUUUUUGAAUCAUCCGGGUGUUGUCAAGAAUUUGUUGAUGGUUUUUGAUGGAGUUCAGGUGGAAACUAAGAGGAAAAUCCGCGAUCUUCUAAUCUUCAUCCGAACAUGGACAUCAAACGAUUUUCUAGCUGACGCCGAAGGUUCUCUCGUACCCAAUCCAAGACAAGCCCGUCCCAGCCAAAAAUUCCAGGACGUCCUCUACGAAUGUCGCUUCAUAAUGCUCCACAUCGUCCACGAAGGUUAUGCCGGCUCGGACAGUAUCGGUCUGUACAAUGACAUCAUCCGAAUAUUCGCCGAAGACGACGCGUGUCUGAUGUUCAUGUUAAAAGACAAAGGAACAGAUUCAAAUGAGGUGAAGCAGAAGUUCGAAGGUUGCGUCUGGGCGAUUUUUGAUCGACUGUUCAACACUCAUACUUAUAGAGGAUUCCAUAUUUUGGCGGAGAUUUUUGAAACAUUUGAGAUAAUCUUCUCCCAGAAUCACGAAGCUUCUCAAUAUUUCUUCUAUAACAACCUGAGUCGAUUCUCCCAAAGUUUCCACUGGCUCAUCGCAGCGAACAACUUUUUUAUUCAAACCAAAUCUUUGCGAUUCGUUCGAGAUAUAUUUUCGAAUCGAUACAUGGCUGAAGUCCGUCGUCAAUGGAUGGCCGAUCCUAGUCUCAUAAAAUAUGUAUUUUUGCAUCUUCAAAGCAUUCACAAAACUGUCUGUCUUGAAGCCGUCGGUCUUCUGAAUAUCUUCGUGCAGAAUCCGUGUAACGCUCCGCCAAUCCAUAAACUGAUUUCCAUAAAUCGAAAGCUUUUGCUCGAAUACUGUCGACAAAACGCGCCGAAUCCAAAAGACGAAAACCAGGCGCUCGAUGAGCUAUUCGACGAAACGAUCACCUAUUUAGUGAACUGGAAUGAAGAGGAGCCGGCUCACGAGCCUACCGCACAAGAUACUCUGAAGAUGAGGAGUAUAAAGUUGAAGAUGAGAAGAGAGCACACCCUGGAGCUGGUGCAAAACGAGAUUCCACUCUUCCCGCGAAACAAUCUUCUUCCCACGAGUCCUCGUCAAUCCAGCUUCGUCUACAAUCGUCGUUUGCCACGUGUCAGCUCUUCUCGUGCUGGAAUUCGAUUUGGAGAGACUCGAAAUGUCAAGGGGUCGCCGAGAAGCAGAUCUCAGUCUCCAAGACCGCCAACGGGACCAGAACCGUCUCCAAGAACCACCAGUUAUCAGAAUGUUCGAUUCCCUCCAGAAGACUCAUCCCGUUAA